AUGAACAGCCAAGGCCCUGCAAAGCCGCAUCCGCUGAAGGACCCGUGGUAUGUGACGUAUUUUCCAUUUGUGCGGCGCAAAAAGAAGGGGAGGGACUUUGAUGAGCAGCAGAAGCCGAAGGAGCUGGACUGGGUGAAAACAGCGGAGGAGUUGUACGCCACAAUUAACUCCUUCCCGUCCUUCACGUUGCUGCCGGCCGACGAUAAUUUGGUCUUCACGCGCAACAAGGUGGAUCCGUACUUCGAGAACUUCCCCGAUGGAAACCGCGUUAGUGUGUUCACACGCACCAAGGCGCAGGGCGAUCAGGCCAUCGCGUUGGUGCUCGCCGCCGUCAUGGGGGAGCACCUGCGCACCGUCACGAAGGGCGAGUGCGUUGCCGACGUGGUGCGCAUUGCCCACAAGCCUGGCAGCGUGUACCCCGAGUCGCUGCGGGUAGAGGUGUGGCUGCGCAAGAGCGACUCCAGCGACAACGUGGUGCAGUACUUCACCGACCUCUUCAAGCCGUACCCCGGCAUUAAGGUCUCCAACCGCCCCAUCAGCGGGGAGCUGACCGCCGACUAA